UCACUACAAAUUGAAAAUUAGCAAUCCGGUCACUGCAGUUGGAAUUUAUCCUAGAAUAUAUAGUUUCCUUCUUUCGAUCCGGGACUGCUGUCCUCUCUACUUUGUCUCGUUCGCUUACAUUUUACUCUUCGACAGGUACGCUUCACCUGUUCGUGAAAUCGCAGCGUCUGAUUCUAAAGGGUCUCCAUCAUGGCUCAGAACCCAGCUAAGCAGCAGAAAAUGGCGAUACUGAAUAAGCAUAAUGAAAGACUUGUGGGUGUGUUGCAUGAGACUGAAUCUACAGAAAUUGUAGUUUUGUGCCAUGGUUUUCAAUCCUCGAAGGAGUUCAACAUCAUGUUCAACAUUGCCAGUGCUUUAGAAAACCACGGAAUCAGUGCAUUUCGCUUUGAUUUUGCUGGAAAUGGGGAAAGUGAAGGUUCGUUUCAGUUCGGUAACUACUUUAGAGAAGCAGAAGAUUUACGAGCUGUGAUAGAAUAUUUUACUGGAGCAAACCGUACAGUAGUUGCAAUUCUUGGGCACAGUAAAGGUGGCAAUGUUGUCCUCCUAUAUGCAUCAAAAUAUCAUGACAUACCUGCUGUGGUCAAUGUUUCUGGCCGCUGUGAUCUCAAGAGAGGCAUUGAAGAGCGCCUGGGUAAAGAGUUCUUAGAAAGAAUAGAAAAGGAUGGAUACCUCAAUAUCAAAAAUAUAAAAGGAGAAUUCGAUUUCAAAGUCACCAAGGAGAGUUUGAUGGAGCGACUUAAUACAAACAUGCAUGAAGCAUGUCUUUCAAUUGACAAGAGAUGCAGGGUGUUGAUAGUUCAUGGAUCAGUUGAUGAAGUCAUUCCAGUCGAAGAUGCGUCGGAGUUUGCCAAGAUCAUACCGAACAAUCGAUUGCAAAUCAUAGAAGGAGCUGAUCAUGGAUACACGUCCCAUCAAGCCGAACUAGUUUCAGUUGUUUUACCUUUCAUAAAGGAACAGUGUCUGCAGCAGGGAAAAAAGGCCUCCGAAUAGCUUAGUGGUCUCUAAACUGUGCAUUUGAAUUUUAUUUUUAUGUAGCGGUCUCUAAACUAUGCAUUUGAAUUUUAUUUUUA